AUGAUUGCUAUGGUACUAGAAAUUUUGGAUUGGAUUCGUCAUUAUGAUGUUCACGGAAGAUUGAAGUACAAAUUCUACUUUACAUUUCUUUACGACUAUGGUGACAAUUCUAAUAAAACAGACGAUGAAAAGCGGGAAAUAAUCAAGCAGAUUCGUGAAGUUUCUCAUUCGAAGUGGAAAAAAAUUUUGCAAAGUUACUUGAUUUCUUCGUCUACUGUAGCUGAGGGUGAAAGUUUGGAUGAUGCCAUUAAUGUCGUGUCUGGAGCUUUAGUCGACUUUUUCGCGGAUCUAGAUGUUACUCCAACAGACCUCGCAUUAGGUCUUACACUUUUACGAUGGCAAUCUCUUCAAUGGAUUGGUGGUCACAGUCGUGUACCCGCUGAAAAUGUUCUCCAACAAACCGAUCCAGUCACCACUGAUAUUGCUGCUCCGCUUGACCUCGAUGUAAGCAAUCCAAUUGAAAAGCUGGAAAAGAAUUGGUUGCAUAUUUCCUAUUUGAGGAGAUAUUCCCAUUUGGUGAAUGCAUCCUAUGGGUGGACUUGGUAUGUGACUGAGAACCCAUGUGACUGUACAGCAUUCGGCCGACUCUUCAGACAUCUCUCUUGCAGGUACGCGAUUCUCAUAUUGGGCUAUUUGACCUCAAAAACUUAUUGUCUAUCUACUCGUCUAACUGAUAUGAAUGGGCUUGCAUCAUGCCUUGCCAGUUUGCCUUGGAAGUGA